GUUGUAUCGUCCGUUCUCAUUGCGUUCUGUGCCUGUCGCAUCGUCGUCGUCGUCGUCGUGUUUCCGUCGUAAUGUGCCUAUGACGAGGUGAUGAACGGCCGACGUCGUAGUGUCGAGCGGCGUAGUGACAUAGUGUUCGUCGUCCUGCCGAUGGACGAUGACGAUUAACGAAGCGGACAGCAACAACGUGGUGAUCGUCCGUGGACGCGAGGGAGGGAAAACAGUGUGCUCUUUGUGAUCUAGUGUACUUACUUGUAUAAUUUCGCAUAUAUAUAUAUAUAUAUAUAUAUACACAUAUAUGUAUUAUAUAUACAUAUAUUUAUACACGCGACGCGUACGGCGUGCAUUCUUGGAUUACGCAUCGUCGCGGAGGAUUCCCGUUUGUGAUCGUCCCUAAUCAGAGGAUCCUAUCUGAGGAUAAUGCGAUAUUGUAGUCGUCGCGCAGUGCGCCAAUAAGCCGCGCGUUCGCAUCUACCUCGUGAAGGCUGGUUAUCGUGUAUAGAGAGAGAAAGCUUUUUCCUCCAAGGAUUGGCGCUGAUACGACUCUAUCAACAACGGCGGUGAUCGGCGUUGGGGUGCAGCCGUUAUCAUCCGGCUCAUAGCACAGUGCCACCCCAAAACGGGAGGGGUGGUUCGCCACUUCGUGUCGCGGCGAUGGUAGCAGCUGCCUCCGCUACGGCCACCGCCACUGCCAGCGUGGUGGCCAUGCAGGACCGCCAGGAUAUCCCCGCGCAAUUCAAUCAAGUAAAUGUUUGACGAGCUCUCAUGACGUUAUCAAUGACGCGACUAGGGAGAAUCCUGAUUCAUACGUUACAUAGAGCGUUUAUAUCAUCUAGAGUAUAGUAAGAUGCAGAGCCAACACGGAAUGCCCCCCCAACCGUACAACUUGGGGUACGGCCAAAGAGGACCAAUGGCAGGAAUGGGGCCAGUCGCGAUGAACAACUUUAACGGCAUGGGCACGAUGAGCCCGAUGCACACUAUGAAUUCCAUGAAUUCGAUGAACAGUAUGAGUGGCAUGAACUCGAUGAAUCCUAUGACGAUGGGAGGCAUGAACGGUAUGAAUAGUAUGAAUGCUAUGAACGCAAUGACACCCAUGAACUCCAUGAGCAACAUGGGUAACAUGGCUAUGAACAACAUGAUGGGACCCAACAACAUGCAAAUGAACAAGCUGCAGGGUCAGCCACAUCAAGGCUAUCCGCGAAGACUAGCGCCCUAUCCGAACCCGACCAUGCACAUGGCACAAAAGCGGCAACAGGUUCCGUACCCGAAUCAGAAUCCAGCGGCUAUGCAGCAGGGCUUCAACGGAAUGACAGCGUCGCAAUACCCGACCAACUAUCCUACUGCUGUGAGACCGAACUUUCAGCAGCAGUAUCAGCCUAUGCAAAACAUGCAUCCCACGGCGGCCGGUUUCGGGCCCGGCGCAAUGAUACGAGCGACGAAUAUGAGACAAACAGCGCCGGCUUACAAUACCGCGUCUCAGACGGCCGCCGCGAACCAAUAUAGCUACGGCAAUAACGGUGUUUGCAUGGUCCCACCCACCUCCGUCGGCAAUCAGUUCGUCGGUCAUCAACCGAACACGGGAUACGGCGGCGGUAACGCGUCGUACGGCGCGUCCACCGUAGCGACCAGUCAAUAUCAGCAGGAUGUAGCGUCAAUGAGAUCGACGAAUGGGGGCAAUGUGAACUAUCAGCACAGUCCCAUUCCCGGUAAUCCGACGCCUCCGUUAACACCUGCCACUAGCAUGCCGCCUUACAUCAGUCCAAAUCCGGAUAUCAAGCCUAAUUUCAAUGAAAUAAAGUCGCCGGUCAGCAUUCAAAAUAAUGAUGAAUUGAGACUAACAUUCCCCGUGAGAGAUGGCAUUAUUCUUCCGCCCUUCCGUCUAGAGCACAAUUUGGCUGUUAGCAAUCACGUAUUUCAACUGAAGCCCACGGUACAUCAAACACUCGCGUGGCGGUCGGAUCUUGAGCUGCAGCUCAAAUGUUUCCACCAUGAGGACAGGCUAAUGAACACCAAUUGGCCGGCGAGUGUGCAAGUUUCCGUUAAUGCGACUCCUCUCGUGAUCGAUCGCGGGGAGAAUAAGACUUCCCACAAGCCCCUCUACUUGAAAGACGUCUGUCAGCCAGGAAGGAACACAAUACAGAUUACCGUAUCCGCAUGCUGUUGUAUGAAUGACCAUUUACAGUCGCAUCUAUUCGUACUCCAACUGGUUCAUCGGCCCAGUGUACGAAGUGUAUUACAUGGAUUACUACGUAAAAGGCUCUUGACGGCAGAGCAUUGUGUAACAAAAAUCAAAAGAAAUUUCAAUAAUACAUUGACGAACAAUGGUAUACAGUCGGAGAAAGAUGUAGUGGAACAAACAGCACUAAAGGUACCUUUAAAAUGUCCUAUCACUUUCAAACGCAUUACACUGCCAGCUAGAGGACACGAGUGCAAGCAUAUACAGUGUUUUGAUUUGGAAUCAUAUUUGCAAUUAAACUGUGAACGAGGUAGCUGGAGAUGUCCAGUAUGCACGAAACCUGCGCAGCUAGAAGGCUUAGAAGUUGAUCAAUAUAUGUGGAGCAUUUUGAAUACAUUAAAUGCCACGGAAGUUGAUGAGGUAACGAUAGACUCGCUCGCUAAUUGGAAACCCGCGAAGAACUUAACUGGUAUUAAGUCCGAGGAAGAGAACGAUUGUAAAAGAACGACCAAGGCUAUGUCGCCGGGCAGUAUGAAUAUGCCCACUAUGAACAAUUGGGACAUGAAUCAAGCUAUGAGUCCUUAUAUACCGCCCGAUAUGAACAGUAUUGUAAGCGGCUCGAUGAUAAACAAUGCAUCUUCCACAUAUGCGAAUAAUAGCAUAAACCACCGGAACACGUCGGGUGGAACAUAUGAGAUAAACUCUGGGACAAAUACUAUCGGCAAUAAUGAUUAUGUCAGUGGAGCUGGUCCACUGUCGCACUUAAAUGAAUCCGUUAACUCUUUAGAUCCUCUCAAUGCUAUGGAGAAGUCACUCAACGAUCAGAUGCCGCAUACCCCACAUACGCCGCACACUCCGCAAUCUACCCCUCAUACGCCGGCUGGUGGAGCCAGCGGUCCGCCGAGCGUUCCACCUGCAUCGCAAGAAUCUACGGGAAAUCAUAACACCUCCGGCAAUACGAAUAUAAAUAAUGACAGCGCGACCGACAUACCAUCGGAUUUGAAUUUCGAUCCCGCUGCAGUUAUAGACGGGGAAGGUACCGGUCAAGAAGCAUUAAAUCUCUUGCCAGACAAUGUGGACGCAAUGGAACUGCUCUCGUAUCUAGAUCCACCGGAUCUAAACACUCCGCCUAGUAGUGGCGCCAGCAGCGGUAACCCUUCGUCCAGCGAUGACAUAUUGGCACUCUUUGAAUAAGAAGAAAAAGAAGAGAAAUAAGAGGCGAGUGGAUAUCUUGUAAAGAUGUAAUCAAACUAUGACCCCCACUUUGUAAUAAUGUGAGAGGGAUGAUGAGAGAGUUGGCAUCUCAUUGCAAAUUCUGGCUAUUUUUGUGCAAAUUUGUCAAGGUUCUAUGAGCUCAAACGAGUUGCGCAAAAUACCCAAUUUCUGACUCUCUGAUACGAGAAAAGACUACUCGAAAGUCUAUUAGAUGCGAGCAUUUGCGAUGAAGAAAUUUAAAUUUUAUCGGGGUCACUAGGUGCUCUCACCUAAUCAAUGGUACAAAUAAUAUUAGUUAUAAUUAUAAUAUUCCUAUUGAAGCUAAGGUUAAAGUGCUAGGAUUAAAGAAACGAUUUUUAACAAUAACACGGUAAACACCAUACUAGUACUUGCGAUAAAGAUAUUAUUGCAUAAACAGCACUUUAUUCUUUCUGCAUCCAUAUUAUAUUAAAUUACGAAAAGUAUUAGCGAAUUUCGGUUGGAUGCUAGUACGCACUGAUGCAUAUAAAGAUUAUUGUACACAAAUUUAUAAUGGCAUAAUAAUUAAAAAAGUAAAAUUAUUAAUAUGAAGAGCUAUUGUUAUUGCUCUUCAAUAUUAUUAAUGAUAACUCAUACAUUAAUAUUAAUUAUCUUAAUGUUUUCAUUAAUUAUGCUUAUAUUGUAAAUUUUUUACAAUAAUCUGUAAUGCAUUGGUGCAUCCAACCGAAUUCGCUAUAAGUCUUUAAAUGUGUUUAAUAACAAACCAAGAAGAUAUUCUAAGAAUGAUUUUGAAAUUGCAUUUUAAAUUACUAGUAUUAUAGCAAAAUAUUCUCUCAGAUUAUGUUACAAGCCAUUAUGAAGGAUGAUAAUGAUCGAUAGAAAAUGUUUAUUAAAAAUUCAUUAAUAUUUUGAGUUUACUUUAAGAUGCAUUUUUCUACAUAUAGAUAGUAUGUUAACUAUUGUUUAUUAACUAUUUAAUAGAAAGAAGACUUUUAGUUUGAAUCGUUUCGAAUAUUUACUUGAGAGAAAAAUUAUGCUAUGCUCAUUUAAAUAUCGCAACUAAAUUUACAUUUACAUUAAAUUUACAAAUUACGCAUUUAAAUUCGCUGUUCUUGCAAUGAGAUCUUUGUGCUCGAAAACCGGUCUAUUUGCAUUCAAGGUUAUGAUAGACCUAUGUCGCAAGAGAAAGAUAACUGUACAGACCUACUUUUGUAAAUAAUUUUAAUCGAAAUAAGUAAGGUAUUCAUCUGUUGGGAAUAUCUCGCCUAUUGAUGGAUAUUAUGCAUAUAGUGUUCCUUUCCUUUAGAUUGUAGUAACAGAUGGAAGUGAAUAAAACUAGGGGAUAUCGGGCUUCACACUGGAAAUUUAAUAACUACACACGUGAUGUAUCUCCCGAGAUAAAAAGAAACAGAUUACAGAUAUAAAAUGCAAGAUAAAACGAAAGACAUGAGAUUGAUUUACAUAGUGCUUUUCAAAGUCUAAUAAUCUUAUUGUUUUAAAAAUAUCCUAACAUUAUAUGCAGAAAUGUUACAUAUGUUUAUCUAUUUAAUUUUGGAUCAUACAUUGAAUAUGUAAAGCGUAUUAUUUGAAAAAUUUUGUUUACCAAUAAGGAUAUUUUGACAUCACAAUUUUCUAUUUUAGACAAGAUUUAAAACCUUGACGAGGAGGAGGAAGGUAAGUUUUCUACGCUUUUUUAAUGUUGCCAACCUCUGAAGAUACAUCAACAUAUUUUCACAUAUAGAAUUUAUUUUCACAUUUUGAUAUGUAUCGAUAUAUGUGUAUUUUGGAUUGACUUUCUAUAAACAGCUACAUUUUUGUAUGAUGUAUACGUGUGAACUAUUUUCAUUAGGUUAAUAUAUUUUUAUAUGUUUUUUACAAUUACACUUACUGUUAUUAUCGAUUUGCGGAGGAAAACUGCAUCGGUUAUUGGCCGCUAAGUAAACUUUUCAUUAUAUUCGUGAUAAGAUCUAUUUUUCAGAAAAUAUGUCGGUUGUGAAGAGCGAAAGAUUUAAAUUCUGCAGAAAGUUAAUAGCAAUAUUUACGCAAGGCCUUAAGAAAUCGUGCACUAUAUAAUCCACGUAUAAUCAAAUCUUACAUAAGGAGAGGAAGAAUCAAAACUUUUCAUGGGAGAAAUAUAUUGCAGAAUAAUUAUGUACAGGCGCGCUUAAACUUAUUAUUUGCACAGGACAAUUAUGAUCGCAAUUGCAAUAAUUCAGCAUGCGAAAAUAAAUUCUGUAUAUCUUCUUACACAAUCUAGCGAUAAACCUGAUUUGUCGUUUAAUAAAAACGUAUAAAUCAGAUAUAUCCGUAUAUAUAUAUAUGAAAAGAUACUGCCAGAGUGAUACCGCCCAAGGCCCCCUGCUUGUGUAGUGGUUAUAAACAUUGUAUCUUUUGUGAUUAAAAGAGAAGAUAUAUAUAAUACUUAAAGAGCGCGACACGUAUAGAUUAUACAGAUUUUAUAUAAAGAUGUAUUUAUAUUCCAGUGUGUGCAACGCGCAAGCGCACAGUGAAGGAUUAUAGACACACAGUCAAGUUUCUAUUCAUAUAACUACUAUAACAUUAUUAAAAUUUAGAUUUUAAUAUUACUUGUAUUAAGCGCGACUAUUGUAUAUUAUUUGUAUAUAUGAUAAAUAGAAUAAUAAUAUAAGAAAAAUGGCAGAUAUAUACUUAUUGGCCAGUUAUAAUAUAGCAAAAUAAUUCUCCUAAUUAUUUCUCAGAGAACCAAAACAUACACGAGAUAUAUGAGAAUACCUUAAACUAGGGAAUGUAACGUGUAAAUGGCUGAUGAAUGGCUGACGAUAACAAGUACAGUCAAAUAUUGUACUGUUAUUUCUAAUAGAAUUAUUACUCUCUUACUUGAUAAAAAAAAAA